CAUUUAGUAUGCUGCUAACCCAGGUCUAAAUCACUGCUUGUUCUUUUUGGCUAUUUUACGAGCAGCGCUGUAAUCUCGAUGAAUCGGCGUCACCUUCCUGCUGAUAAGAUAUGAUUGGCUACUCGGUUAUUAAAGGUGAUGCCUACCGAAGGCGGGGAUGAUAAGCUCCUGCAACGUACUACGUACCUUCAGUCAACCCAGUCUUUCCAUACCUUUAUGCACUUGUUAUUGUCAAGUUUGUGUUCCAUUGGUGAAUAUUGAAGACUUUACCGGCUUUCGAAUCCGAGGCGUUACCUCCGCCACAUCCCGCUAUGAUGCCGACAUCGGAGCAAGCCUCAGAAUCGUGCAGCAUUCACAUACCCGAUGCAAGCAAGGCCUCACAUAACAUUGACCGAGCAAACUACAAAUCAUUUGAUGCGCUGAAGGAAGUUUGGACAGGUCUCGAUCUGCCUGAGGCCUCCUUGGCAUCAGUCAGGCUUCCUGGUGAAGAGGGCCCAGCUCUUCCUUCGUCAUUCAAAAUCGGAAUCCUCGCACAAGCCUCCAUCGGACUGUCUGCUCUAACAGCUGCUCAGAUUCAUGCCUUUCGCAGCAAGACCCAUGUUCCUAAAGUGACGGUACCACUCGAGCACGCCGUCGUAGAGUACAAGUGUGAAAGAUUGUAUACCGUUGCUGACGAGCUUCCUCCUCCAUCUGGGGGCGCAAUUGGUGGCCUGCAUAAGACCUCGGAUGGCUACGUUCGAAUCCAUGACGGAUUUCCAAACCAUGUGCAAGGUACUCUUGACUUGCUUGGCUUGAGUGCUGGUGCGACUCGACAGCAGGUGUCUGAGCAGACUGCAGACUGGGCUAGUAUUGACUUGGAAAAUUGCGGAACAGCAGAGGGCAAAGUCGCAAUUUAUGCUCUGCGCUCAUAUCGUCAGUGGGAUAAGCUCCCUCAGUCGAAGGCUAUCAGCAACUUCCCUAUUAGCAUCAAGCAGGUCUCACCAUUAUCUCCAACUGGUUUGCCAAGCAGGAUGCAGCCUGGGAACCUCAAGUGCCUCCAAGGUCUCCGGGUUGUUGAGAUGAGUCGGGUGAUUGCUGCACCAUUAUGUGGCAAGACCUUAGCGGCUCAUGGUGCUGAGGUGAUUUGGGUGACUUCUCCAACGCUGCCAGAUCUGCCGAGGGUCGAUCGAGAAUUUGGACGAGGGAAAAAGACUGUCCAACUCGAUAUUCAUAACUCUGAGGAUCGAAAGCAACUUCUCAACCUUCUGAAGGAUUGCGAUGUGUUUGUUCAAGGUUAUCGACCUGGGAGUCUUGCAUCAUACGGUCUGUCCCAAGAUGAAUUGAGGAAGAUCAAUCCAAGCAUCAUCGUAGCCAACAUGUCUGCUUUUGGCCCUGAAGGUCCAUGGUCAGGCCGUCGAGGAUUUGACUCGCUGGUGCAGACAUGUUCCGGCAUGAAUGUCUCCGAGGCUGAACACGCCGGGAAGGGCGAGCCUGCUCGCCCGACACCUUGUCAGGCCCUCGAUCAUUCAGGUGGAUACAUGCUUGCCGUUGGCGUCAUGGCUGCCGUGUAUCAUCGUGCUGCCCAGGGCGGUUCAUGGAGAGUCGACGUUUCAUUGGCGGGCAUGAUGAAGUAUUUGAGAAGCCUGGGUCAAUAUCCUGAUGCGAUUGGAUUUGAGGCGAAAGAUUUUGACAAGCCCGAAGAUGUGCCUGAGGAGUAUUUCGAGGUCCAGGAAACAGGCUUUGGAACCAUGAAGUCCAUCCGGCACAGUGCUAUUGUCGAGGGUUUAGAGGUUGGCUGGGACAUCAUGCCAAAGCCACUUGGCUCCGAUAAGCCGGCAUGGGAUUAAAGCAUUCAACGAUAUUCUAGAAGAUGUUUUGUAUUUUGUUAUUUAAUACCUCCUCUCCUGGCCAUAGUGCAUAUUUGUUCGCGCCAGAUGUCAAUAAAGAAAGGGUUCUUAAACAGG